AUGACUGCAUGGGAUCCUCAUGUAUAUGAUGAGUGGAUUCCAUUUAAGAAGACGAAAUAUCCACCAACUCCUGAAACAUUGGAAACAAAGUGUGGAAAAAAAUGUUUCACUACGAUCGGCUAUUAUGAGAAUGAGCCUAAUCAAUCAGACAAAGGAAGGCUCUUUACAUACUGUGCCGAAUGUAGUGAAACAUUAGUUCAAGGGCAGUUCGUGCGA